CAUUGAAGCGUGGCAGUUGGGUUUUCUGAACUCUGAAACAACUAGUUUUAUCACUAUAUAUACUACACUUACUCAUUGUACUACUUGCUCUUCUUCUUUCUUUCUAUAAUUUAUUUUUGCGAGCUGUUAACGAUGAGUGUUCUUGCUCCUGGAGUUGUGCUUGCUCUCUUUUGUGUGUUGGUUUUGAAUGGUUUGGUUUUGGGUGAUAAUGCUAAAGGUGUUGCUGAUGAUAAACACCUUUUUCCUCGUCCACAUCUUUUUAAAGGAGGCGGUCUAGGACACGGGUUUGUAGGAGGUCUAGGUGGUGGGGGUGGUCUUGGUGGGGGUGGCGGUCUUGGUGGUGGUGGUGGUCUAGGUGGUGGAGGUGGUCUAGGUGGUGGUGGUGGUUUAGGAGGUGGAGGAGGCUUAGGUGGUGGAGGUGGUCUAGGUGGUGGUGGUGGUUUAGGAGGUGGAGGAGGCCUAGGUGGUGGAGGUGGUCUAGGUGGUGGUGGUGGUUUAGGAGGUGGAGGAGGCCUAGGUGGUGGAGGUGGUCUAGGUGGGGGUGGUACUUUAGGUGGGGGUGGUGGUUUAGGAGGUGGUCUAGGGGGAGGAGCUGGUGGGGGUUUAGGAGGAGGCGGUGGUUUAGGAGGUGGUGCAGGCGGUGGUCUAGGGGGAGGAGCUGGUGGGGGUUUAGGAGGAGGCGGUGGUCUAGGGGGAGGAGCUGGCGGGGGUUUAGGAGGAGGUGGUGGAGUUGGUGGAGGUGGCGGUCUAGGUGGUGGAGCUGGUGGAGGUGGUGGUCUAGGUGGUGGAGCUGGUGGAGGUGGCGGUCUAGGUGGUGGAUCUGGUGGAGGAGGAGGCUUAGGUGGUGGAGCAGGCGGAGGUGUAGGUGGUGGUGCAGGAGGAGGCUUAGGUGGUGGAGCAGGCGGAGGUGUAGGUGGUGGUGCAGGAGGAGGAUUUGGCGGAGGUGGAGGAGCCGGUGGUGGUGUUGGAGGAGGGUUUGGAGCUGGUGGGGGUUUUGGGAAAGGCGUUGGAGUUGGUGUAGGAGGAGGUAGUGGUUUUGGUGGAGGAGGCGGUUUUGGUGCAGGUGGGGGUGGUGGGUUUGGCGGCGGAGUAGGAUUUGGAGCUGGUGGAGGCGGCCGCUAA